AUGGAACAAUCGUCUCCGGACUGGCUGCUUGUCAGUCUGCACUAUGCAUACCCAACAACUGUCUUUACGUACUUUGCAAUUACAAGCAGCAUCGCCGCCUGCACUCUACAGGCAUCUUCGACAACAUCCAAGGUGAAGCACAACAGGCCCAAGAUCAUCGUCUCUCUUCUUUUUCUCUUUGUCGUUUCAUAUCUAGGUCAGUUGAUUCUCAAGGUCACACAAGCCUUACUUGCCUCCGAGUGGCCAUCACAGGACACCGUGGUUGGCUUGCUCUCUUGUAUGCUCGUGUUCGGCAUCGAACAGAGUACGCUUGGCAGUGGGACAGAUAUUGUCUGGCAUCCUUACAUUGGAUCGUGGCUUGUCGCCGGCGUGUUCGAGCCUGCCAUUGCUGUAACAUCCGUGCUGGACCAGCACAAACGACUCCAGACUGCUCAAACUCUGAGACCUGAGGUCUUUCUCUCCUUCGACAUAGCAAUUAUCGUAAUUCGCUAUGUCAUCGUUCUUGCGGUGAUCUUGGUCUAUUUUCUCGGCCGCCAGAAAUAUCGACCAGAUGGCACUGAUGAAGAGACAAGCCCGCUGUUACCCAAGACCGGCCAAAGGACCGAGAAUGUAGACGAGACCGCAGAUAGUGGCUACGGGACCGGCAACAACUCGGAGAAUGACACAGACGCGACCAACUCGCCAACCGAUCCCGAAUCGCCAUGGGAACGGCGACAGCGUUUGGCCCGGGAACAAAUGGAGAAGCGCCUCAAGAGUGAAGGAAGCUGGAUUGCAUAUGCCAAAGGCUUCUCCAUAUUCUUUCCUUACAUAUGGCCUGUCCAUAAUCGUCGCUUGCAAAUUUCUGCUGGCCUGGUUGGUGUUUGCCUCAUUGCUGGCAACGCUUUAAACGUUCUCAUUCCGAGACAGAUGGGUAUCCUGCUCGAUGCUCUCAAUGGUGAAUCGGACCGCAACCCUUGGAUCGAAGUGCUUGUUUUCGCUGCUUUACGACUUGCCGCAUCUGAAGCUGGCAUUAACCUUAUACGGUCGAUACUCUGGUUGCCCGUUGAGUACUAUGGAGAAGAGGCCAUAUCUGUCGCUGCCUACAACCAUGUGAUGAAUCUGUCGGCAGAUUUUCACGAUUCCAAGAGCUCGUCAGAUCUGAUUGUCGCUAUCUCGCAUGGUACGGCCAUAUCGCGCAUGCUUGAAUCAAUCUGUUUCCAAGCUGUUCCUAUGAUGAUCGACCUUGUGGUCGCUUUCAUAUAUCUAUCCGUCAAAUUUGGACCUUACGAAGGUUUCAUCACGAUAGCGACGGGAGUGGCCUUCGUACAAGCUGCAACGCAUCUUAUUGCACGGUUCAGUGAGAAGAGGAAGAAGAUGGUCAAAAGCUUCUUUGAGGAGCAUUACGUCAAGCAGGCUGGCAUUCAAGGAUGGCAUACUGUUAGUGCUUUCAACCAGAUUCCCCACGAGGAACAGCGAUAUCAGGCUGCUAUUGGUACAGAGAUGACUGCGGUUAAAGGAUUGUAUGCAGGAUACCUUCUAGGUCAUGCUUUCCAAUACCUCAUACUACUUUGUGGUUUGAUUGCUGGCGCUUUCCUAGCCGUCUACCAAGUUACUCACAAACAGGCUACUUCAGGCGACUUCGUCAUGCUGUUGACAUAUUGGGGGCAACUCACCGCACCUCUACGCUUUUUUGCCAAUCUUGGCAAGAGCAUUUCACAGGAUCUCGUCUAUGCAGAGCGACUGCUUGGUGUAAUGAUGGAGAAGCCAACCAUCGUGGAUAAGCCAGAAGCCAAGCCGCUAUGCCUGGAGGGGGCGUCAGUUGAGUUUCGAAACGUCGGUUUCAGCUACGACAAGAAGAAGGACAUCUUGAAGGGCGUGAACCUUACAGUGCCAUCAGGCAAGACUGCAGCAUUCGUCGGAGCUACAGGAGCAGGGAAGUCCACGAUUCUGAGGCUGCUGGACCGCUUCUACGAGGUUACCACUGGCUCGAUACUAAUCGAUGGCCAGGACAUCCGAGAAGUCCAAUUGUCCAGUCUCCGCCAGAGUAUUGGUAUUGUACCUCAAGCUCCCAUUCUCUUUGAUGACACCGUUAUGAACAACAUUCGAUACGCCCGUCUCACUGCCACAGAUGAGGAAGUUCACGAGGCGUGCAAAGCUGCGGCCAUGCAUGACCACGUCAUGAAGUUCAGUGAUGGCUACCAAACUCGCGUUGGCGAGAGAGGAAUCAAAAUAUCUGGUGGCGAACUCCAACGCAUUGCAAUUGCUCGUGCAAUCCUGAAGCGACCGGAUAUUGUCCUACUUGAUGAGGCAACUAGUUCCGUGGACACUGAAACAGAGCAAAAGAUUCAGGACGGCCUUCGUAUAUUAUGUGAGGCGAGAACAACUUUUAUUGUGGCGCAUCGCUUAUCCACAGUCAUGAACGCGGAUAUUAUAUUUGUUGUCUCCGAUGGCGAGGUGGUGGAACAGGGUAGCCAUGAGGAACUCUUGGAGAAAAAAGGCAAAUAUGCCGAACUAUGGUCGAAGCAAAUUUUCGUGAAACCCAAGGAGCCCAAGGAUACAUGCACCAUCAGCGACACCGCAUCGAAGCCUGAGGAGCUUCCUGCCGGCAAUGUCACUUCCAGCAGCUCUGCAGACUCCACAGCUUCGAGUUCCACCGAGUCCAACAACAAGGCGAACCAGCAGACUGCAGUACCGAAGAUUAUCACUACGCCUAUUGCGAAAACUCCAAGUGGGCACGAGAAAGAGGUAGAUCAGUCGAAAAAUCCUUGA